CACUUGGCAUUUCUGCAUAUGAUAUAAUACGCAAUGCCAAUACUAGAGGAUAUUAUCCCUAUGUUUAUAUUGCCAGUGGAAGUUAUUUUCUUACGGGCUUUGUUACAGUUUUACUUGGAUGGUGUCGUCUGAACCUUGUAAAAAAGGCAUUAUCUAACAUACCAAAACCUUUUAUGCCAAUUAAAGAGACAGAUGUACCCAAUUCUGUAUUUAAUCUUAUUACUGAUGAGUUGAAACGUGUAUCCAUGAUUGCUUGGACGGGUGAACCGAAGCCCGAAGAUGUUAAUCUACCAGGAUGGGGCCGACCAGGUUCUGACUACGAUGGGAUUCAUUUCAAAACAUCGAUGAUAAAUACGUUUUCUCUCAUAGAACAAAAUGCUUUAAAAAACCUAUCCUUAAAGCGGCAGCCUUCAAUGUCAGUACAGCGAUAUAUUGAUCUCUUGAUUGAGCAUAGAGUCAUAGAUCGCGGCUUAGGACAUGCUUAUGUAGAAGGUUAUGAAAGAGCACGCUUUAGCGAGGAUGAAGUUUCUCAAGAACAAUAUACACAAUUCAUGAAACUUGUAUUUCAAUUAUUACGCCGAUUAGGCUAUAAUGGAGAUUAA